CCUGUCCAAUCAAAUCGCUGAGCGCCAAGCUCUUCUCAGACGUCAACAACAUGGCGGAAAGAGACAAUGAAGUUACGUUUAAGAAGGAGACGGUGGCCAAACUUCUGUCCAGCUUCUUCAAGGAAGACAAAACUAGAUUAAGCCAAGAGGCCACACUGCUUAUGGGAGAGAUGCUAAAAAUAUUUGUCGAAGAGGCAGCCGUGCGUUCUCAGAAACAAGCCGAAUGUGACGACUGCGACCGAGUGGACAUCGAGCACUUUGAGAAGAUCCUGCCUCAGCUGCUGCUGGAUUUCUAGCUGCCACAAGAUGGUGCCAGAGUGUUUCAUGACUGGUACCCCUCCCCCAACCACACAUAAUUCUGUCAUUUUGGCCCCCCCUUUCAAAAGUGCAAUUAAAUAGCUCCUUCCUAGCUUGUUUUUAUUUUGAGCAAUGUGCAUGAUG